AUGGCUGGAAUGUUGGACUUUAAUAAUAUGAAGACUCGUCAAUAUCUGUAUUGUUCAUGCUCAGGAACCAGAAAGUUAAGUGGAAAUAAGCUCACAGGUUCGGUUCCAGUUGAACUUAUUGAAAGAUCUCAAAAUGGUUCCCUAUCAUUAAGCGUGGAUGGCAAUCCAAAUCUUUGCGCUUCAGUUUCAUGCGGCAAGAGAAAGAAGAAGAACAAUGUUGUUGUUCCAGUUGUCGCAUCAUUCGCUUCCUUGUUCGUACUAUUAGCUGCAUUGGCUAUUUUCUGGAGAAUUAGAAGUUCAAAACGAGAAGGUAUGUGGGGAGGAACUUCAAGAAAGCCACCAUAUGUGUCAACAGAAAAGAUCAGACGAUUUACGUAUGCUGAGCUCUCCAUAAUCACCAACAACUUCAAAAGAGAACUUGGUGAAGGAAGUUUUGGAAAAGUUUACCAUGGUUACUUGGGUGAUGAUACUGAAGUUGCUGUGAAAAUUCUUUCUGAAUUAUCAAAUCAAGGGUAUGAACAGUUUGAAGCAGAGGUGAAGCUUCUGCUGACAGUUCAUCACAGAAACCUGACAACUCUUUGCGGAUAUUGUGACGAAGGCAAGAAAAUUGGGCUCGUUUAUGAGUACAUGGCCAAUGGAAACUUGAAACAGCAUCUGUCAGAUAAGAGUGCAGAUGUCAUGAGCCGGGAAGGUAGACUUCGUGUAGCGGUGGAGGCAGCACAAGGAUUGGAGUAUCUACACCACGGCUGCAAGCCACCAAGAGUACACAGAGAUAUCAAGUCUGCGAACAUCUUAUUGGAUGAAAAUUUCCAACCAAAAAUAGCUGAUUUUGGGCUAACAAAAUCAUUCCCAGUUGAAGGUGUUACUCAUAUGUCAACAGCUGUUGCUGGUACCUUCGGUUACCUUGACCCUGAGUAUUGUCAAACAUAUAGAUUGACUGAAAAGAGUGAUGUAUUUAGUUUUGGGGUUGUUCUUCUGGAGUUGAUCACAAGUCGGCCUGUGAUUGCAAAUACCAAUGAGAAUAAUCACAUAAGCCUGUGGGUUGGUUCCAUGAUUGGACAAGGGGAUAUAGAAAACACUGUUGAUCCAAGGUUACAGGGAGACUUCGACAUCAGCUCUGCCUGGAAAGUUGUUGAAAUAGCAAUGCUUAGUGUGUCUCAAACUUCCACUGAAAGGCCAACCAUGAAUCACGUAGUGAGGGAAUUGAGUCAAUGUUUAGAAAUGGAGAUUGCUCGGAAGGGAAGACCUGGGGCUGAACCAAGAAAUCAACAUGAAAUGGUCUCUAUAAAUCUAGGAACUGCACUUAAUCCUUCAGCAAGGUAG